GUUGGGGAAUCCUCAGCUCCACCCCAGAGCUGGCACUUCCCUCCCUGACACAGGGACCUGGACCUACUCUGUACUUAGAGGCAGACAUGGUGCCCCUGUUGCUGCUGCCCCUGCUUUGGGGGGGGUCGCUGCAACAGCAGUCAGGCUUUGAGCUCCAAGUGCAGGAAUCCAUGACGGUGCAGGAGGGUCUGUGCGUCCACGUGCCCUGCUCCUUCUCCUACCCCUGGAGUUCAUGGUCUUCCUCUAGCAAAUUCUACACCUAUUGGUACUGGAAAGAGGACAACAUGCAGUACAGUAAGCCUGUGGCAUCAAACAACCCAAAUAAACCAGCAAAGGAAGAGACAAAAAGCCGUUUCCUCCUCCCAGACACCAGGAGCAACAACUGUUCCCUGCACAUCAGAGAUGCCAGGAGGAGUGACGCAAAAAUAUACGUCUUCCGAAUGGAGAGAGAAAGUAUGAAAUAUACUUACAAAGAGAAGAUGCUGAAUUUGCAGGUGACAGCCCUGAGAGAGAAACCCCACAUCCGUGUACGGGAGCCCCUGGAGUCCGGCCACCCCACACAGCUGGCCUGCAGCCUGUCAGGGGCCUGCAAAGGGGGACGACCUCUCACCUUCUCCUGGGCGGGAGCCGCUGUGGACUCACUGGACCCCCAGAACCUCAGCUCCUCGGUGCUCACCUUCACCCCGAGGCCCGGGGACCAUGGCACCAACCUCACCUGUCAGGUGAAACGGGAAGGGUCCCAGUGGACCACACAGAGAACCAUCCAGCUCGAUGUCUCCUAUGCCCCUCAGAACCUCAUCAUAGGUGUCUCCUUCAGAAAGGACACAGCCUAUAAGAAUCUGCAAACCACUUCCCUUUCCAUCCUGGAGGGAGAGGCCCUGAGGCUGCUCUGUGAGGCUGACAGCAACCCCCCUGCCGAGCUGAGCUGGUUCCGGGGGUCCCCAGGCCUGAACGCCACCCCCCUCUCCAGCACCGCGAUCCUGGAGCUGCCUCGCGUGGGGCCUGCACAGGAAGGAGAGUUCACCUGCCAAGCUCGGCACAGGCUGGGCUCCCACAGGGUCUCUCUCAGCCUCUCCGUGGUCUACCCCCCGCAGCUGCUGGGACCCUCCUGCUCCUGGGAGGACCAGGGUCUGCACUGCAGCUGCUCCUCCAGGGCCCAGCCGGCACCCUCCCUGCACUGGAGGCUGGGGGCGGGGCUGCUGGAGGGGAACCAUGGCAACGCGUCCCACGUGGUCAGCUCCAGCUCAGAGGGGCCCUGGACCAACAGCUCCCUGAGCAUCAAGGAGGGGCUCAGCCCUGACCUCAGACUCAGCUGCGAGGCCUGGAAUGUGCAGGGGGCCCAGAGCGCCUCUGUCUUGCUGCUGCCAGGGAAGGCCGUGCCCCAGACGGGAGUGGUUCCUGUGGCUCUUGGAGGUGCUGGAGCCCUGGCCCUGCUGUCCCUGUGUUUGUGUCUCAUCUUUUGCAUGUGAGCCUCUGGGGCAGGGAGGCGCAGGGCUGAGUACAUCCAGAGGAGACUGUUUUGGGAGGGCCGAGGGGGUAGCAGCUUUAUGGAGGUAAAUUCCCACAUAUUUAAAGUGUACAAUUCAGUGGCUUUUCGUUCAGUCACACAU